GUGACUGGCUGACAAAUCAGCGCAGGCCCCUCACCGACAGGCCGGAAACACAUGCUGCUGGCGCGCUGUUGUAUGAUGUUGUUGUCAUCAUCUGUGACAUGUUGGUAGAAAACGGUAGUGAAUUGUGUGUUUUUUGAAGUAUAACGAUCGGGUUAAAAACGGAGAAUGGCAGCAACAGCGGCUACACCUGUCACCCCCACGGAGCCCGACCCUGACCGGUGUGUGAAUGAGGAGGAGAGCCGCGGGGCCGAGGCGGAGGAGGUGAACACCCAGCAGCAGACAGGCCCCGCGGCCGCCGUGAGCCACAGCCGACUGUCCAAACUCCCGCUGGCUCGCAUCAAGGCGCUCAUGAAGACUGAUCCAGACGUGUCGCUCGCCAGCCAGGAGUCUGUGUUUAUCAUCGCUAAAGCCACGGAGUUGUUUGUUGAGAUGAUUGCCAAAGAUUCCCUGGUGUACGCCCAGCAGGGGAAGAGGAAAACUUUGCAAAGAAAAGAUUUGGACAACGCAAUAGAGGCCAUAGAUGAAUUUGCCUUUCUUGAAGGCACACUAGAUUAAAUGCUGCUUCAAAAGACGAGAACAUUACAUAUCUGCAACCAUCCAAGUAACUUUCCGUUACAGGGACACGAUUUGUUGUGAACACCUUUCUGGUACUUUUUCUAAGUCAAACUCUCAAAAUGGAUAUUUAGAAAUUUGUUGUUUUUUACAAUGUGCCAUUUAGAUUUGUCAUGCUUAACUUUGAAGACAUCAGUGGUAAUGUGUAAAUUUCUUUGUAAAUAUUUGUGAAAUACUACUGUACAAUGGAAUAAAUGUAAGUUUUAAACAGUUUCUUUUCAAAUGAA